AUGGCAACAAAAUUUCUGAAGAUAUUUGCAUUUUUCAUUAUAUUAGGACUGGCAAAUUCAGUAGUAAUGGCCAGACUUGAUCCAAUAUUGGCACCAAGUCCAAGUGAUAAUGAUUUUUUUGAAUGUUGGUCAUCUCUUCAAAGUAUAAGUGAAUGUGUAACAGGAGUUUAUAAAGCAUUUACUGGAAUUGGAUGGCUUGAUUCUUCUUGUUGUGAAGUUGUUAAUGGCAUUGAUAGUAAUUGUUGGCCUAAAAUAUUUCCAUUUAAUCCUAGUUUUGGUGAUACUUUGAUUUAUUAUUGCAGUCUUUCUCCAGCACCAUCUCCAGCAUCUGCAAUUUGA